CGACGAUGGACGCGCCGAUCGACGAGAGCACCAAGCGCACGGUGCAGAAGAUCCCGCUGCUGACGACGCGCGCGGGCCCUCGCGACGGCGAGCAGUGGACCAAGCGCCUGAAGGAGGAGUACCUGGCGCUCAUCCAGUACGUCAAGAUGAACAAGGAGGCGGACAACGACUGGUUCACCAUCGAGUCCAACAAGGCCGGCACCCGUUGGACGGGCAAGUGCUGGUCCUUCCACAACGGCCUGCGCUACGAGUUCGACCUCGAGUUCGAGAUCCCGGCCACGUACCCGGUGGCCAACCCGGAGCUGUGCAUCCCCGAGCUCGAGGGCAAGACGUCCAAGAUGUACCGCGGCGGCAAGAUCUGCCUCACCAUCCACUUCGCGCCGCUCUGGCAGAAGAACGUGCCGCGCUUCGGCGUCGCGCACGCCCUCGCUCUCGGACUGGCCCCGUGGCUCGCUGCCGAGGUGCCGGACCUUGUGGAGCGUGGCGUCAUUACCCCCGUGUAGAUGUAGAGGUAGGUGGCGUACUCCGUGGACGCCUCAAUGGCUGCGCA